ACAGCCCGCGACUUCAAAUUCUGACCAGUGUAAUUUUUUCUUUUUGUGAUUUUUGAUAUUUUUACCCUCAAAGUUCUAGAUUUAUUAGUCUGAUCGAAUUCGGUAAUAACACUAUAUGGACCAUGGCUUACAAAGUCAUCUUUAGAACUCUUAUAACUAUAGCCUCAGUGACAUUCGCUUCUCAGCUUAUUUACAACUUUUAUCAAAGAAGAAAAAAGCAAGUAAACCCGCAUAGAAAAGAAAUAAACGAAGUUAUAAUAUUCUCUUACGGAACACUUGAACUUAAAAAGAGCAAAUACUCACGUUGCGUUGUUACUCCUAGUAUGGAGCGAUUCUUGUAUUAUUUAAACGGGCCUCGAUAUAACAUUGAUAUAUGCAUGUAUAUAAUUACAAAUUCAGAUGUGAGUAAUGUUCUGAUGAAGUUGCAUUAUCGAGGUAUUAAAAUUCGCUUAAUAAUAGAUGCAGAUAUGGCUUAUUGUACGGGAUCUUGUGCUAGAAAAUUAGAAAAACAUGGUGUUCCAGUGCGGUGGUUGAAGUCAACUAAUUUAAUGCAUCAUAAAUUCUGUCUUAUUGAUACAUUAGCUGAUGAUGGAUUGGCAACACCCUAUGUAAUGUUAGGAUCUUUAAAUUGGACUAACCAAGCUAUGUCAGGCAACUGGGAAGAUGUCACAGUGACCUCACAGAAAGAUCUAGUACAACAAUACCAAGCUGCAUUUGAAAAAUUGUGGAUGUUAUUUAAACCGAUUGACUUUACAUAACCACUUCUUGGAUAACUCAAUAUUUUAUAACUUAAUAAGAUCUGUAAAACUUGAUUUGUUAAUUCAUUACAUCGCAGAUUAAUUUCAGAAAUAUUUGUUAAUGUUACAAAAAAUGUGUAUAAUCCUUUAAUCGAACGCUCCUGACAAUGUUUGUUAUUUGUAUGACUUAAUUUUAAGAUUAAAAUAUUUUAUACUUUA